AUGUCUGCCUGCUUCGAGAAAUCCAUUGCCUGGCGCAAUUCCGUAUCCUCCACAGAGUCUGACGAGGUGGACAUCGGCCAACAUUGCGCGGUCACUGGUCUCAACCGAAGCAGAGAGACGGUCCUGCAGCGUGCCUACCUUGUUCCCCCCGAUAUAUCCCGUGAGCGGCUCGACAAGUUAGAGUUCUCGUGGGGCGUUGCGCGCCACUCGUUUGAUGUCCAUGAUCCCAAGAACAUCAUAUCGCUUGAGGCCAGUCUCUGUGCCUUGUUUGGAACAGAUGACAAUGAGCCCACCGGUUGGUUUUUGGUGCCCGCCGAAGCCAAGGGCGAUAUAAACGACUGCUACGACGGCGCCACUGUGUUCAAGUAUCUCCUGGUCGCAUUUCCCUCCAUGCGUGAAUGCUCGUCGGUGAUCAAGUACUCUCCCUCUAAAGAGCAUCUGAAUGAAGACACACAGCGCUUCCAUUACCCUUUCAUCGAUUUCGGCCCCAUAUAUCUCCCUGUUCCCUACCACCACGUCGUCUUCCACACCGGCACGAAGCUUCAGCGGGUAUACCCAAACAGGAUCGAAAGUCUCGAAUAUUUUGAUCCCUAUACCCCCGUAUCGACGAUUCUAAAAACUAUUUGUAACAUUGAAGACAUCUACCAGGAAUGGGAUGGAGCAAUGCCUCCAACCGAAUGGACACCGCGGUCACGUCGCCAUGAUGAACAAAAUGACGCACGUAAGGCCGCCGCACCCUGCCAGGACAACGUUACGCCAACCGGGAGUAUCUACUAUCCACUGGAGCUCGACGACACCAAGGGACGCCACUGGAAUCCUUGGACAGAUGAUGAUAUAGAAGUCAGGUCCAAGUCAGACGUAGACUUCGGGGAUUUGGAUGAUCGCACUGCCGAGGACCUCGAGUAG